CUUAAGAAGACAACAAUAAAUUCAACAUGAAUAUUCAAAAUGGGGGAAUAGCAACAUUUGAGAAAAUUGUCGAUGAAUUAGACAAGUAUAGCAAUAACGCAACGCGAGAGGACUAGGACUGGUAGUUAUAGCAUCGCCAUAUAUCCGAAACAUGCCCAUAUUAAACAGAUUCAUACUGGAACAAAAUGAAACAAUUCAGACAGAGCUGGAUAAAUUGAAUAAAAAGAUUUUCUUCUAUGACUCAGAAAACUUCUAUGAAAACUUGGACGGAUACCUAUCCUACACAAGAACGGGGAAGUUAAUU